CUCUAAUCCAAGCAGCAUAUGUUAUGGAAAUUAUUCUUGCACCAACGGAUUGACUUUUUUUUUUUAUUGGUUCUGGCGACAGUUACUUUCAAAAUGAACGCUUGCUGCUGCACGGUUCCCAAAAACGGUGGUUUCUCGCGAAGGUUUUCGACGCCCAGCGUCCAAACACAAUGUUGUGUCUCGGCACGCGGAUUCCCGGGGUCGUCUCGCCGCUCGUCCCUGGACUGCGGCCACGCCGUGCGCAGACAGCUGUCCCUGGUGGAGUUCCCCACGCACGCGCCAAGCGCGGACCGCUGGAGGCUGCAGGUGCCCGGAGACGCCUCCUCGAGCCGGGACGGGUCCGACGCGAGCACGGAGAUAGACACCUCCGAGCUGUCCGCCGUGUCCUCCGAAGCUGCGUGUCGAACGGCAAAACUCGUCUCCGGCUCGUACCAGCUGCUUCCUGAUGUCUCGACUGCAGACAGACCUAGUGUCUGGAAGUACAUAGUCUCUCCCAGACCGGCGUGGCGGGGCCUUCUGCUGGGGCAAGUGGUGUCCCUGCUGGCGGCUGUUUGCGGUGGCGUCGAUAGCCGGUGUGAAUACACCAGAGCCCACACCGCAUUUGGAUUCUUCGGUUUCAAAAUAGUGGCGCAGUAUGUGUUGCUGUGCCUGGUUUACAUGGCGUGGGCAGUGGUUCAUCCACGUCGCACUGGAAUCGUGGCGGCCAUGCGCCACAGGUGUUGGUGCUACCUGCUGCUGGCCCUAACUGACGUGGAAGCACGUUACCUCUCUGCCAUGUCGGCGUACUACACGAGUGUCCACAGUGUUCAGCUCCUGGGCUCUGCGGCCGUGCCCGCCGCCAUGGUGAUCAGCUGCAGGGCGCUGGAUGUCCACUACAGGCCCGCGCACUUGUUCGGAGCCGCUCUGUGUUUCGCGGGUCUCGCCUGCAGUGCGUGGGCCAACUUCCAGCAGCUGGGAGGGUCUGACAACGCCCGGGGCAUCGUGCUGGGUUUGGCCGGGGCCGUGCUUCGCUCCGCCGUUGUCGUCUCGGAGGAGUACGCAGUGAAGGUGUGGCACUGGGCGGAGCUGCUGGGCGCACUCGGCUUGUUCGGGACCAUCUUCGCCGCCCUUCAAGUGUGGCUGUUCGUGGGGCUCCCCCGCGCGGAGGACGGGCUCCCGGUGGCCGUGGCCCAGGUGGCAGCCCUCGCCGCGCUCCAAAGCCUCUCGCUGGCCGUGCUGGGGGACGGCGGGGCCGCCGCGCUGCUGCUCUCCCUCUUCACCGCCGGUGUCUACCUCCCCGUCGCGUCACUCCUGCUCUGCCGGCUCCUGCACUCGGCCGGGGACCAGCCCGUUCAAGUGCUGUAUGAAUUUAAGAUGGAUAGCAAGCAGUACGUGUCCCUCGCGCUUGUGCUGACUGGGUUGCUGGUGUACUCUGUGAGGAGAACCUCGAUAUUGUCAGAGCAGGCAGAUAUUUACAGUGUUCCAGCUGAUUCAUCAUCUGGAAGCUCAACUUUGAGAGAGCCACCUGAAGAGACGACACCACUUCGCCAGAGCCGGCACGGCAAGCUGGCGCCUACUUGCUAGCUCAGCGAAUAUAUUUUUAGUCUAAUUUUAGAGGUCGACGUCCCAGGCGGGAGCGUCGCCCAGCGCGUUGCGGGUGAGGUUGAGGCGGGAGGUCCACUCGCCGUCCGGACCGCGGAAGCUGAGGAGGGACAGCUUGGCGACCGGGGACCGGGCGGGCGACGGGCAGUGCAGUGCGUGAUUUGCACGUCCGCCUGCCGCCAACAGCAACAGCAUGCACGCAAACGCCGCUACCACAGCCAUCGUCGUCAUCUCGACUCCACCUGCGUGCACCCAGCGUGUCUGUUUGACUGACGAACUCUCCAGUAUUCCUCGAUUGCCGGAGCGCAGCAACGCACUGCAGACACACACUCGCGACGAGGGUCCAAAACGCCGGGCGAGACGACGGUGGCCGGCGGUCAGCUCUGGGCCUGGCCGAGCUGCAGGGCCAGGGGCACCACCACGCUCGUCCUCCGCUGCACCGAGUCCAGCACCUGGUUGCCGUACUUCACCGUCGAGCUCACCGCCCCGAACAUCCGGUUCACCAGGCUCUUCGACGGGGACUUCUCCCGCCGCUGGGCGGGAAUCGGCGGAGCUGCAACACGCGCACCGACUCCGGUCCACCGCUCCGAAUACUGUUCUGCUCGACAAAUACGUGUAACAGAAGUCUGCAUUUAAAAUGAAAUAGAAAGGAGACCAGAACUAGUAACACAAUGACUGGCUCAACAAAUAAAUGGAGUGUGGACUUUAUGUGUUUGAAGAAUGACAUAGUAAAAAGAUGGGCAAGAGCAUUUAGAGCUAAGAUUUUGUGAUAAGUUGAAUGGUAAUAGAAAUAUCAUUUAAAGGAAAGAUAAAACUGAUUGUGAUGACAAUGAGUAAACAGGUGAAAUGUAGAGAACUCGAGGCUAAAUACAGAUUCAUAAGCCCUUGAUAGGAAAUGCAGGAUUUUGAAAGCUACAUACAUACUAUAUAUUCUUUGAUAACUUUAUUUAUUAAGAAAUGUAACUUCACCACACAAUAUAACUUGUGAUAAUGGGUGAAAUCAGGAAUAUUUAAGGUCCCUAUCCAAACAUAUUGUGUCUUUUUGAAUUUCUGGAUUUUAUAUAAAUGGCUUAAGAACGUCUAAUAGCAUUCCCAAUAUUUUGCCUUAUUAUGCCAUGUCAUGUCAUCAUAAAUUUAGUAAUUCACAUGUAUAAAAGUAAAAUGAUCUUAAUGUUUUGACUUAUUUUCUUAUGAUUUAAUAUAAUAAGAGAGAAAGAGUUGGUAAAAGUUCCCAAAAGUAAACAUUUUUAAAAUAUAUAAUAUUUACUUAAAACUGCAUGGAAAAGGCAGUUUUGAUCAUUUUAAUAGAGUACGCAAAUAAAUACCCAUGUCUACAUCACAGUCCUGGCUCAUAGCAACAUGCUAUUAUAAAUAAAAAAAUUUUGCACUGUACUUCAUUGGCAUUAUAAAAUUUUUUAAGUAAUCAUCACAUAUUGCACAUAUUUCUGGCACACUGUAGAUGCAUGUAGAAUUACUGUGUGCAUAAUAUUUUGACUUACUCUAAUCAGAAGGGGAGUGGACAGUAAUAAAGCUUACAUUCAUAAUGGCAGGAAGAAUUUGCCCCAAUAGCCAAGCUAGUCCUGCUAGGGCAAGGUUUCAGACACACAGAGAAACAAACAACCAAAAUGUGGUGCUCAAGCUUGCACCAGUUCAAGAACAUUUGUAACGGUGGUCUUCCCUACGUUGAGUUUCCUAAGUCAAUGCAUAUCUGUACUUAAAGUGAACUCUUAUUACAAUGUACCUGGAAAACCUCACAGCGUAAAUACUUAAUAAUGCCAGUACUUAACACUGAAUUGUUACUAAAUAUCUUGUAAGGCUCUGAAAUAUAUACGUGAUACGA